UCAAGGUUUAUAAUAUCAACAUCAUCACAUUUGACACAUUUUAUUACUAUGGACUCAAUACAAAACAGCAUCGCCGAAUUGAGUGAACACUUUAACGCUAGGAUGGCAGAGUUCCAGCGUAAUCUGCAGAAUUCUAUCCCAGCUACCAGCCCGACAUCCAAUAUUACUGCACAAUUCAAUUCUUUUAGGAGUUUUGUUUUGACUGCUCUUGAUGGUCUUCAACAGCAGGUCGAUAUCCUCACACGAAAGUAUGAAGAAAUUGAGAUGAGGAGUCGCAGAAAAAUCCUGUUGUUACAUGGUAUUCCAGAGACUAAAAAUGAAAAAGUCUGUUCGGUAGCGAUAAAGACACUCAAUGAUCACCUAAAGUUGUCUGAUAUUAGUGUAGACACUGUGAAGCGUUGCCAUCGUUUAGGCCAAUUUAAUGCUGAUAAACCCAGGGCUAUUCUGAUUAAAUUCACUGAUUUAGCGUUAAGAAAAAAAAUUUGGUUCGCUAAAACUGCACUUAAGAAUUCUGGUGUGACUAUGUCGGAGUUCUUAACCAAGGAGAGGCAUAACAUCUUCCUGGCUGCCAGACAACGAUUUGGAGUCACCAAGUGUUGGACGAAGGAUGGCCAAAUUGUUGUUCUUGGAUCGGACGGAUCACAUCACCGUAUCUUCAAAAUGGCUGAUCUCAACGCUGUUUCCUCUUCAUCUGGAGUUGCUGCUGCGAGUACCUCAGGUGCAAGUUUUCCAUCGACGAGUCAAAGCCAGAAAGAUGGUAAAGUUAUCAACCAAACUCGUUCAAAGAGGGUUAUCAAAAAAUAA